AACAGAGUCUAUAUCAAUUUUUCCUCAUUCCCCGAUAGUUUUUAUAUUGUUAUAAAAUGAUCACAAAUGAGAGCUACUAAGGAGAGAGCAACAGUGAACAAAAGUGUAGCUGUGUGACAGUAUGGACUGAUACUGUCCAUUUGCAUAGUAGUAAAAUAUUUUACUAAGCUUACUGUUGGGCCUCUGUAUGAAAAUUGAAUUGACCUUUUAUACAGUAACCGGGGCUACCAUAGUUCAUGGCUCUCAGCUAUUGACAGUAGAAAACUAGAAAAGGUUAAAUUUUCUGCAGAAAGAGCAACAAAGACCUGAGGGAAAUCGGUGGGACCUUUGGCAUGAAAUUGAGAGAGAGUGAGAUAAUGGUGGCAGAAGAACACAUGGCUGAAGACCAAGUGAAGACUUUAACAAAGAUAAUGGACAUUCUCCUGACCAUAGCACAAGCCUCACCCCCACCUCCUGCCAAUGUGACAGAGGGAGGACUCAUGAGGGAAGAGCUCAUUAAAGAGCUACGUUCUGACAAGGCCCGUCUGCAGCAGCAAGUGACUCGCUUAGAGGAACUCCUCAAGAUAUUGGUGGAGAAACAAGAGAAGACAGAUCAACAAAUCAAAUCCAAUAAAAUUACACUGGGAGGUGUACCAAAGGAAAAUCAGCCCAAAGAAGAUGAAAACUGCCCUCUGCCAUCCAUGCAUGGAUACUCAGAAUGUGAAGGAAAGCUGAGGUGGAUGAAGGAAAUGUGGAAGUCCGACCCGUGCUACAGCAGCUAUGGAGUGAACGGGUCCCUCUGCUCCAUGUUCAUCUACCUCAGUGAGGUGGAGUCCUGGUGUCCUCUGCUUCCAGGCCGAGUCGUCCCGCCAGUUCUGCCAGAUAAGUCAGAGGACACUUUGGGGUCUGGCCCUGCUGUGGUGAGGGACAGUCUAGAGGAACUGUACCCACUGCUGACCAGGAUGCAUCAGUUCCGCUGGAUCCACCAAAGGGUUCAGAGUAUGGAGCAGGUCUGGGUGAAAGCUGGACGCUCCUUGUCAGCUAAAUACAACCUCACAGAGCGCAAAGCAAAACAGAUCCUGGUGCAUCCUGGCCUGGUGACGGAUGAGUCGGGUUUCAGGAUGGCAGAGUCUGCCUUCAGUGGCGGUCCACUGGGGGAGCUGGUCCAGUGGAGUGACCUCAUCUCAACAUUACACAUCCUCGGUCACCAUCUCCACCUCUCUGCCUCCUUGGCCGACCUAAAGGAGAUCCUAGGGAAUAACUCUGGGAGCUGUCCGCCUCGUAAUCCUAAAUUUACAAUAAAUCUGAUCUAUACAGACAUUGUUGGCCUUCAUCAGAUUAAGGCUCUACUAGGCCGGUCUUGGACCAAAUACAGGUGUAAGAUUCGUGUGUUGGACUCUUUUGGCACUGAACCAGACUUUAACCAUGAGGCCUGGGCCCAAAAACACAACCUAAAGACUUACUGGGGAGGCUUCGGCCUAAUGCCAAUGCAGUUCAACACCAUGUUCCCCCAUACACCAGACAACACGUUCUUGGGCUUUGUGGUGGAGCACCCGCUGAGCUCCAAGCAAACCCAGUUGCUCCACUCCACUACAAGAAGGAAACAGGCCCUGGUGUACGGCAAGAGAGCCACGUUCUGGGAGGGGAAAGGGGCUUAUCUUGACCUUAUCCAUAAGUAUUUUGAGCUUCAUGGGACGGUUGACAACAAUAAAUCUUCUGCGGUUCCAAGCUAUGUGAAAAAUCAUGGCAUUAUUUCAGGGACUGAGGUACAGACUCUGCUGCGGCAAAGCAAGGUGUUCGUGGGCUUAUCUUUCCCGUAUGAAGGCCCUGCCCCUCUGGAGGCCAUAGCCAAUGGCUGUGCUUUCCUGAACCCCAGGUUACACCCGCCUCAGAGUAGCUUGAACUCCGACUUCUUCAAUGGAAAGCCCAACCGCAGAGAAGUGACAUCCCAACAUCCUUAUGCCGAGGCCAUAGGAGAGCCCUAUGUAUGGGUGGUAGAUAUGGACAACGCCACAGAUGUGGAGAGAGCCCUCACUGCUAUCCUCAACCAAACUAUUGAGCCCUACCUACCAUAUGAGUAUACUUGUGAAGGAAUGCUACAGAGGGUGAACACCCUUAUUGAAAAACAGGACUUCUGCCACGGUCCUGUGAGCUGGCCUCCACUGAGCGUGCUCCAGGUUGUGAUACCAGAAGCCGGCACUUCAUGUAAACAGGCAUGUGAGAAUGUGGGGCUGAUCUGUGAACCAGCAUUUUUCCCUCAUCUCAACAGUGCUGAGGCUCUUGCAAAGCACAAUGUGGAUUGUCUACAAUCAGGGUCUUAUGACAGCGAAGUAGUGCUGCCAGCCUUUGACAAUGGCACUAGACACUGUCUCUUGCAGUCUGACCCCUUGCUCUUUAGCUGUGUGAGAUCACACCCAUCCCUUAUCCGCAUCUGCCCCUGUAGAGACUACAUUAAGGACCAGAUAGCGCUGUGCAAGGCAUGUGUCUAA